UGAAAAUGUUUUCCUUCAUGAAUAUAAUUCAAUCAAAAUAUUAACGUCAUGUCGAACACUGUCAUGGACUCAUGGAGUCAGACUUUCAAACAUAUUGAUACAUGGAUUAAAAAAAAGUUGUUGAAAAAAGAUUAAACGUCGAAUCAAUAUCGCAUUUAAUCACAGCUAGCAUGUUUUCGGUGCCGGUUCAUAAAUGUGAAUAGACUGGAUAUUAAUUUAAAUCGGUAAAUUGGUUCUUAAUUGGAUGUAAUAUAUAUACAAACUUCGUGUUACUAAGAGAGAAAUGACGUCCGAGUCGGUAGAUGAAAUGGCUUCGCUGAUGGCGGCCCUGAAAGCUUUGAAUAACACUGAUUAUCAAAAGAAAAAGUCACCAGGUAAGAAGAAAAUCAAGAAAAAGCACGGUAAAAAGCACGGUAAAAAGUCUGGAGCAACUCAUGAGGAGGGUGAUGAGUUUGAGUAUAACUGGCCAACAUGUGCGUGCGGUAUGAAUCAUCCACCAGUGCCAGCCUUCAACCCACCGGACGGUAAACGGUGCACAUAUUAUUGGCAAAUUGCAGAUUCUUUUCCAUACAUGACACUUCAUCGUGUCCUUUCCACCGAGAUAAAAUUUAUGGAAGCUGACGAUGAUCAGAGCGGGUUAUUAGAACUAGACGAGUUAAAGACUUUACUGAAAAGUAUUCUAGGUGAACAGAAUGUGACGGAUAAAAUGGUGGAGAAGACGUUUAAGGAGAUUGAUCAAGAUGAAAGUGGAACGCUUGAUUUCUCAGAAGUGCUAGGGAUUGUUGAUGUUAUGAUCCAGCGAGGAAAUACGAACUUGCCGUCCACCUUACAAAAAGAUUACUCAAAAGUCUGCUCGAUACAGUGAUGUCACGUUUUACGUACAAUUUUGUAACGGUUUCUUUUCUGUUUAUCUUAGGCAUUUGAAGACAUUUAUAAUAGUUGUAUCUCUUUAUUAUUGUUAUGUACCGUUUUGAUAAAGAUAUUUAUUAGUUUGAAA